UCGCCGCCCUCAGCGUGCGUGCCCAUCUCCAAGAUGGCGGCGACGGCAGCAGUGUCUGGUGUCCUCCGCCGGUUGGGCUGGAGGCUCCUGCAGCUGCGGUGCCUGCCUGGUGAGUGGCCCGCUGCCAAUCACCUCUGAUGCCACGUGCCUUCCACACCGCCGUGGGGUUCAGGUCUUCAGAAGAGCAGAGGCAGCAGCCUCCGCACUCUUCUCAGCAGCAUUCUGAGACACAGGGGCCAGAGUUUUCUCGUCCACCCCCCAGGUACACAGACCAGAGUGGAGAGGAGGAAGAGGACUAUGAGAGUGAGGAGCAGAUACAGCACCGCAUCUUGACGGCAGCCCUAGAGUUUGUGCCUGACCAUGGCUGGACUGCAGAGGCCAUUGCUGAAGGAGCCCAGUCCCUGGGUCUCUCCAGCGCAGCAGCCAGCAUGUUUGGGAGCGAUGGCAGUGAACUGAUUCUGCACUUUGUGACCCAGUGCAAUGCUCGCCUCAACCAUGUGCUGGAAGAGGAGCAGAAGCUGGUGCAACUGGGCCAGGCAGAGAAGAGGAAAACAGACCAGUUCCUGAGGGAUGCAGUGGAAACCAGACUGAGAAUGCUGAUCCCCUACAUUGAGCACUGGCCGCGGGCCCUCAGCAUCCUCCUGCUCCCUCAGAACAUCCCACCUAGCCUGAGCUUGCUCACCAGCAUGGUGGAUGACAUGUGGCAUUACGCUGGGGACCAGUCCACUGAUUUUAACUGGUACACCCGCCGCGCAGUGCUGGCCGGCAUCUACAACACAACAGAGCUGGUGAUGAUGCAGGACUCCUCCCCAGACUUCGAAGAUACUUGGCGUUUCCUGGACAACCGGAUCAAUGAUGCAAUGAACAUGGGCCACACGGCUAAGCAGGUGAAGUCCACUGGAGAGGCACUGGUGCAAGGACUGAUGGGUGCAGCAGUCACGCUCAAGAACCUGACAGGUCUAAACCAGCGCCGGUGAGAGGAGGCGAACCCACGUGCAGGAAGGAGCAUCAGUAGAUAUGAAGGGCUUUGACAAGAUGCAUCAUCCAUUGAGUGAGAUGUUAAUGAGAACACACUGAAGAACUUGGAGUCGCAUGGCGGCCACAAGGCUGGAAAUCACAGUGCAUUUGCUACAGUUCUGACCUGGAAUUGGGCCUCUUCUUCAGUUCCUAACACCAGGCCUGGCCUUCUGGUGCCUUUUGCAUUGCAGCUGUGUGUUUGAAAAAUGAGACUCACAUCCAAGGUUUCAAACCACAGAAACUUGGCAUGACUCUGCCAUGGUGUCACGGGCAUCUUGAUCAUGUCUUGACCUUAGAACUGUUCUCUAGGAGUGGGGCAUAGUGACGUAUACCUGUAUUCUCAGUACGCAGAAGACUGGAGAGCAGGAUUGAGAGUUCAGAGGCAGGCUUGUCUAUGUAGAGAAUUACAAGCCUGCUUGAGCCACAGAGUGUGAUCCUGUCGAUCAAAAUCCCCUGAGAAAUAUUCUUAGGGGCUCACAACCAAGGUCCAAAGGCAACACAUAGUGGGGGCUCUUCCCCAGCACAGGGCAGACAGUGUGCUCACAGAGGUAUUUGCCAUUGGCCACUGCUCCUCUGGAUCCCCUCAGAAAGCUGCCUCCCCUAGACAGGUGCCUUUUGGAUGGUCAUGCUGAACCUGGCAUCACAGACACCAGUGUGCAUUGCAGGAUCAUUAGUACAUUUAGAGUCUGUAAAAAUAAUAAAUAUGUUUGAAACAA